GAAACUUCUGACAACAACAGAGAGGCUGUGAGAAGCUUCUGAGCUUCCACAACUAAGACCAGGACCAGGACCAGGACCAGGGGUUACAUUCAUCCAGCACAGGGACCAGAGACACGGAUCAGCCCGGUCUGUCAUGUCAGAAUCCAUCAGGAGAAAAAGCUCCAGCAGACAGCUGCUGCAGAACCUGAUCAGGGUGACGGCCCAGCGCAGCCAGGAGGAUGCUGAGGAGGUGGAGCGGGAGCGCAGGAGGAGAGCCAGGGAGAGGCAGAGAGGAGAGGGGAGUGUCUCCUGGCCAGAACCCCCCCAGCAGAAUGAAAUCCCUCUCAACAUAGAUCCAGACGAGGAGCUGAAGCCAAGCUGCUGUUUGGUCCUGGAGGAAGAUGAAGGCUUCAGCGACUGGACUCACAGACUGGAGAACCGGAAUGAGCAGGAGGUACAGGACACCUGCGGGGCCAGACUGCAGAGAUCUACAACAUCAGAGAAACCAGAGACUGGAGAGGAGAACCAUCAGGAGGACCGAGAGGAGGGCCGUAACCCAGAAUGGAGCAGACAGUCCCAGGAAGCUCCAACAAAACCACCAGAGAAGAUGUCAAGCAACAGAAAAGAAGUCAGGAUGUCCUACAGCUCAACAGUCUUCCUCCCACAGGACGUCAGGCUGCCUGACAGGACGUCCUACCUGGUGGCGGGGACGAUGAAGCCACGAGGAGCUCCUGUCCUCCACAGCAGAGGAGGCUGCAGGAUGGAUGGGGAGCUGAAACAGGAGGAGCAGAAGGAGGACAUGGAGGUUCAUCCUGAUCUGCAGAGGGUGAGGAGGCCAACAGAGAGCAGACAGGGCUACAGAGAGGAAGAGGAGGAGGAGGAGGAGGAGCUGGGCUCCACACAUGAGGAGAAGGAAGCCUUUCACAUCUGGAGGGAGCAGAAGCUCGAGGAGGAGGAGGAGGAGGAGCUGGGCUCCGCACAUGAGGAGAAGGAAGACUUUCACAUCUGGAGGGAGGAGAAGCUCGAGGAGGAGGAGGAAGGCGAGAUGCCAGACGAGAGGUCAGAGGUCAGUAGAAGUGAUGAGGUGAACAGGACGCCUUCAGUCUCUGUUAGCAGCAGUGAAGGAGACGAGACGUUCAACUGCUACGGACCCAUGAGCCCCACGUUUAAGAAACUCUUAAUCCAGUUUUACCCGGAUGAAGCAAACAGCAGAGUUUCAACAGACAGUAGAUGCAAGAUCAUAGAGAGGACUGAGUCUCUGAGGAAAAGCACUGGCGGAGUAAAGAAGACCCUUCCACCUCUUCCUGUUCCCAAGAUUAACAAGAAACUGGAGCAGUACACCCACGCCCUGGAGGUCUCCUCUAAAGAAAGCAGAGCAGGCAGUCAUGUACCAACAGACCUGACCAAUCAGGCAGAACCCGUGUCUUUAAAGAAGAACCUGUUUGAGGCUGGAGACGCUUGGAACCAGAACAUCAUCCCUGCCAUGCCAUCAAAGGAUGUGGAUGGAUUCAAGGUGGGCGUGGCCGAUCUCAUCAAUCAGUGGGUGAGAGGAAGUGAAGACUUGAGUCGCUGCAGCUCGCCCUUCAGACCUACGGAGAGCUGCGCUGGUAAAAGAUACAAGUUUGUGGUGACGGGUCACGGCAAGUACGAGAAGGUUUCUGUGGAUCAGGACUCAAACGAUCAAUCAGGCGAGCAGAUCUAUGAAGACUUGUGAGGCGACUCACAGACUUGGACCUCUGGUUUUAUAAUAAAGAGCGGAUUUAAGCCACUUUCACUUCAUCUCCUGAUAUUUUUAACUGCAGUAAAUCCUGUUUUGAUGAUUUUUCCCCCUGAAACUUUGACAUCUUUUUACACAGAGCCUGUAUUUGUUCUCGUUUACUCUGAUAACCUCCUACUAAUCUGACCUGUACUCUCAGAACGAGUCUAUCUUUGAUUGAAUAAAUGUGAU